UUCAUUGUUUGCUUAAACAUGUACCUAAUGAGAGUGCUAGAACAGUGAUCAGAAAGCCGUAUGUACAGUGAGGCUAUAAUAAAACGUUAUUCUUCUUAGCGUGGAGUGCCGUUUAGUGGCCAAUUGAAUAUCUACACUCUCGAAGACUGAUAUUGAUUCAGACUAGUCGCGCUUUACACAGUAUCAAGUGUGGCCCGGUUUGGAGACAUUCGCUGAUUUGUUCCCUGAUCUGCUCCCAAUUCUGAAAUCACGCGUUUCACGCUAAAUGAAUGUAAACUAAAUAGACAAUGGGGACAAUUAGCAACCACUACUUGAUACUGCAGUAGUGUAGUUCAGGUUUGAUAGGCUUAUAUCAUAAAUUGUCAAGCGACUGGAAAGGCUUAUCUUGAGCUGUGAAUAGCGCAGCUGUGAUGAAAUCAAAUUAUAGCACACUAGUCCGCAAAUACAAUCUAGUCUAUCGAUGUUCUUCUUCUCUUGGUGAAGAUGUCAUGCACUGUCAACUUUGUAGCAGUUGAUCAAUUCCUUGAUAAAUCGGCGGAUUAUGUUAUUAACAAAUAGAUGUGACUGCUUAGCCUAUAUUUGAUCGUUAGUAUUUCUGGGCCCCGAAUUUCUGAACUCAUAUCGGUGUGAAACUCUAGUCACAGAUGAAAGGGAACGUUCUAAUCUUCUGCCCAAAUCCAUUCCGAACGGUAUCUGAUUAUAAGGGGGGAAUUGCGUGCUUUAAAAAAACCCAAUUAAGAAGUAAUUUUGGUAGACCUGCAGCUUGUAAUACAGAGGUCUCGCGUUCUUCAUCUGGGGUGCAUGGAAAGACACCCUGGGGAACUCACUGUGGUUAUCCUAACACGGUAAUUAAUAUUGAGUGCCAACCAGAACUCUGACUUUCCGACAAGAUCAUUGACGUCAUGAUUUGACCCCGUAUUUUUCCGAGUUCCCAGUUGUCAUGAACGCUACAUUAAUGUAGCCUAACUGUGAACUCGGGAAAAAAACGUGGUCAAAUUAUGACCUUCAAGUCGGUGCUCUAGACAGAUGCCAUAGUUUCCUACUUGGAAUUCCAAGUUGGAUGACGGUUCAAAACUCAUUUUCCCUACGUUUGUAGUUAUCUUGAACACACUGAAGUCGGAUAUUUCCGAGUUCCCAGGUGUUUUGAACGCUGCACAAUCAAAGUGUUUGCUACUAACAUUGACAAUGGCAUAAUGUCACGAAAACUAUAAUAAGUUAACACGUGUGUUUAAUUCAACUAGCUAGUUAUGGAUGAAUAUUAUGAAAGUAUUAUUUUCCGAUGUGAAGGAGUCGAGGAUAACGUGUCUUUAGCUGUGGCUACUGACGACUCCGCACUGGUAAAGGCCUAUGAAGACGCCCUCCGAACAUUUCGGAGCUGUAAUGAUGAAAAAGAGAGCAAAGAGAAGCUUGGAAACAACCCACCGAAAUUGACAGACUCAAAACUCCCCAAAUCUCAUGUGUUGAGUAAGGAGCCGGUUGAACCAAAGGCAAACUCAAAGAGGGCCGAAAAAGAGAGCGGUGAGAAGCUUGCAGACAAUCCGCAGACGCUGUCUGAAUCAUAUGUGCCAACCAAAGGACCAGUUGACCCGAAGACCAACUCAAAGGUGUGUAGGCAGGGAUACCGGUGUCGUGCGGUGUACUCCGAGGAUGGCCUGGUCUACCCAGCAGUGCUGGUGUGGUUGAGAGGCGAACGCUGCCGGGUGAAGUUUGAAGGCUACGGGAAUGAGGAAGAGCUGGAGCUGAGCAGCCUGCUAUCUCCAAUAGAACUGGGAGGCCACAGAGGAAGAGUUGAUGCCAAAGUGCAACAAGGGGCUGUUGAUGGGUUCAGCUCCACUAGUAACAACAUUGCUGAUUGGAAGAGGAUGGAAAGAGAUUGGAAGACACCUCAACAAGAGGGACGAGAGGAGCUGUCCUCACCUCAGCCACCUAAGUUUGCUCCAGAAAAGACUAUGGCAAAAGCAGCUAUGACUUUGGCAAGGAGCAUGGGGUUAAGAAGAAGCCAAGUGGCCGGCGAGAGGUACCAAACAAUCACCCCUUUUCCUUCUUUCCUCCAGUGCAACCGCCCAAGGACUCUCUGGACUUCCUGCCUCCUCCUCCUCCACCUCCUCCACCGUGUGUAUGGCCCCCCCGAGCAGUGCUGGCCGAUGCUAGCGAUGGGCUAGACUCAGCCGUGACAGACAUAUCCAGCAUGCUCCUGUCCUGGUACCUGUGUGGCUACCACACCGGCUGCUACAUGGCAAUGCAACAGACGAAAACAAGUCGCAGGAGGGCUGAUAAAGAGAAACUGGCAGAGGAAUAAGGUAAAGUGAUAUACCUUCAUGCGGUUUCAAUUCCAAUUCCACUGCUUUAUCAAAGGUUAUUUUAAAUAUUUGAAUUGGGAUGUGGGAUGGCACUGACACUAUCUAUCGAUUAAAACUGUAGGUCUAUUUGAAUCUUACAAAAGUAAAGGCCUAAGUUUUGCAGUCACUGAAGAUUGCAGGCUGAGUAAUUCUCGUAUGAGGAUAUAUUAGGACCGAAGAUACCACCCUGGGGAAUUCCACAGUAAGCAGACAUUGUCCUAGGAUUAGAAGUUUGGUUGGGUUCCCAUGUGUGAUGCGGAUCAGCAAUGUGCAGUUGGCAAAGGUGCAAGAAUUGGGAAGUUGUGCGAGUGUUCACGGGGAACGAGGGAAUCGAGGAUGACAGCUACCAUCUGAUCAAUCAUCACACUGUAUGAGGACAAAUGGUGUUUUCUCAAAUGUUUCUCUUUUAGAUAUGUAAAUGCUUAAGAAUUUAAUAAACGUUUUUGAAGACUUCUCUUUAAUUAAAGAAGUAAACGUCUUUACUACCUACAUCUCUGCAUUGAAAAUGUUGGGAGAUAUUACUCUAGAGGGUGCAACAGAGCUGAAAUUUCAAGAGGCAAAAAAUGUCCACGUGAAAAGGAAACUACCACCUAUUUUUAUUAAUAAUAAUAAAUACAAAUAUUAAGGCAUUGUAUUAUC